UGUGUUUAUGCAAAACAUCAUAGGCAUACAUGUCGUAUUCCGUUCAUUGGGCGGCUUUGGGCCGGAAGUCUUUUCUUAAUCCUACCUUUUCUCUAGAAAGAUAAUUGGUUUGACAGGACUUCUAAGUGCGUUUCCAAAAUGACAAUUCUACAGUUGCGCGCUUAGAUUUAGUUCACCCCAUGAUAAUGAACAGUGGGGUAACUCAAACUGGUUGAACCCAGGAGUACUCUAGCUUAAGGCAGCUCCUGUCCAGAAUAUACUGUCCUGGAAGCCUUUAAGCUUAUAAUGUUAUCAACUUAUCAUAUAGCUCUGGACGGGAUUCGCAGAAAUCAAGAUUAAAUAAAAUACUGAAUAAAAUUGAUGUACAAGUGUGUACCUAUGGCUGCGUUUUCACUACCUGUUCAAUAAUUAUUUACGCUCUAAUAAUGACACAGCUAUUGGGUUAUGGUCAUGAUUCAACUCAUUCAAGGAUGUUAGUCAUGUUACUAAAGUUUGACAAAACAUCUCUUUGUUCAUAUGGUACAAGAAAUGUAUCAACCCUGAAAAAAGGGUUGAGGUUGCCCUGUGGGUUGUUUUCAACUUUCAAGCCAUUGUGCUUCUCAUUGCUGAAUCAUACAAAACAGUGGUUUUUAGUCUAUACGCAUCACGAACCAUUGUUAUAAACUAGCGCGACUUUUGAAAUAGUUAGGCUUUGUAUAUGAUAAAGAACUUUUGAUAUUGAUUUAAAUUGUUGGGAUGAAUUUGAUGAAUGCCAUUUUUAGGUUUUUAAGGAAAAAUUAACAUUCCGUCCACGCAGUGUUAACCAAUGAAAUGUUGUAAUUACCAUCACGUGUUGUUUCCUACAUGCUACAGAGUAGGCAGGCUCUAUGUGAUAAAAUAAAUAAAUAUAUCAAGCUAUUCUAUUCGAAAAAAUUAAAUCUCUCUAUGGCUGUAUGAUAAAAGGAUUAAAAUUUUAAAGGCACUCCAAAUGAAAUAUGAUCAUGAGGGAAAAAGAACCUUAAGAUGUUUGGUAGCAAAGCAAAUAGCGGUAAAAAACGAAGAGCUCCAUUACCCGAAGAAAUUUAUCCCAAUUUAGUGAAAGUAACAUCUAAUUUGGAGGAUGGUUCUUGCGAGAAUAUUGGACCAACAUCGACUGAACGAUUGCCAAAGACACUUCCGCUUGGAGAGCCAGUUGUUCAACGUCGGAAUUUAUCACCAGAAAAUCUGCCUUCAACACGAUAUUCUUGGUCUCCAGAUAGCGCAUUAAUCAAGUUUAUACCUAAACGUAGAAGUUUAGGCGAUAUUAACUUUCUAUCGGAUAAUGAGGCUCUUGAUGUGCAAAGACUAAAUGAGAAUGUAAAGACUCUUGACAAUUCUGAAUAUCAUAAUGGCCACCACAAACGACAUAGCUCUGCCGAUGUUUCAAAAGAUCUUCGCGGAUCCUCGUCUAAGAGUUCACUACGUUCAAAUAACUUAUCCGACAGAAGUUUCUCACUAAAUAGUCUUGCUUCAUCGUACGGUGCAGAAACUGUUGACAGCCAAAUGGUCGACCAAGAGGAUAUACUCAAUUUGACCGCUCAUGUCCGACAUUUCUCUGACGCUUUGGGGAAAUUGAGAAAUGUUUUCCCAGGCAAUGGGUCAGACACAGAAUCAGACGAGAAUACAGACAGUGGUAGUGCAGUUGAAGAAAUGCACGUGAAAGCCCACGAAUGUUUGGCAGUUGUGUUGUCUAAUUUAAAAGAAGUAAUACAUCUUUAUCCAUCAUUAAGCUCCAACGAGAUUCUUGCAGCAGCUGGUGAUCUCAUAAGUAGAGUUAAAAAUUUCCCUUGUAUUGAUCGUAAAAAUCCCGAUGAUUUCUACCGCGCCAUUGAUCAACUGGCACUGGUAUUUGGAAGCAGUAUUUCGGAUUUAUUGAUGGGAGAUCAGGAACUUAUUCCAAAUAAGGCUGGAGAUGAUGGUGACGAUGAUGUCGAUUACCCUGAUGACGAAGAAUACGGAAGUGAAGGAGACAUGCUAUCCAAUAGUAUGAACAUGCCGUCAAGACAGGAACCAUGUAACGACAUCCUUGAUGACAAGGAUGCUGAUCUGGAGAGAGUGUUAUUGAAGAUGGAUUCUGGGGUAGAAUUCUGCUUGCAGUGGACAAAAUAUUGGUCAAAAUACGUGAAAGACAUAGCAAACUAUGUAGAAAAAAGAGCGCAACUCGAGGCAGAAUACACAAAACAGCUGACGAAGUUAGCUCAAGCGACUAGAGCUUCGAUAAGUGAAGAGAAUUACCUUCCAUUUCAGUCAACGUUCAUCACUGCAUUAGACCAGGAUAUGGAAUAUUCCCAGAAAUGUCAACAGACUCUCGCUGCGAUUAGUGGAUCAAAAUUCAUCCAGCCUUUGAUGCAGCGUCGCAUAGUUCACGACCGCGCACGUAAAGACAUGAAAGAUGACUGGACCAAGACAUGCCGACAAGUGCACGAAUCGGCAAAUUCGGUGAAAACCACACAGCACAAUUACAAUAAAAGACAGCAAGAACUUGAGAAGCUGAAUACAAGGCAAGCAGACGUUAAAGAAAACAAAGAGGACAGUUUCUCGUAUUUUAGUUCAAACAAGGGUAGAAAAGAGGAAGAAUUACGAGUGAAAGUGGAAGAAGCUGAACAGCUUUACAAUAACGCAAUCAAGAUUGCCAACGACAUGCUGAAUGAAGCGGAGAAAACGAAAGUCCGUAUUGUUGCUCAAACGAAACAGCUAGUCAACGAAUGUGAUCGAACUUUCAGAUCGGUAACUCGCAAGUAUUUUGAUAUGAUGCAUGAACUGGCUGUACCCACUCCAAUUCAUUUCAAAACCUUGGCUAACAGCUGUCAGGGAUAUGAGCCGGGAAAAGAGUUUGAAGACUUUGUUCGUUUUCAACAAUCCACCGCUCGCUCAAGCGUUCGUCCUAUAUACGAAUUGCUACCCUGUCCUAACAACCCAAGGUCUCCAGCGAAGGCAUGGCCAGCGGGUCAAAUGUCUGACUAUGAAGGAGGUCCAUCUCCCUCUGCUUCACCUUCAUCCAGUCCUAAGAAUACAAAGAAGCCGACAAGAACAAGACCCCAUCCUGCACCUUCCACCGACGAUGAGUCUGAAGGGGAGAUGAAGAGACCUCGAACAAGUCAUUCAAAAGGCAGUAAAUCCUCGAAGCCAGAGCGGCGAGGAAAAACCCCGAAAUUUCCGAAGGGGAAGUUGACGAAAGAAGCAUCGACUCAUACAUUUCAUAAAAUAAGAGCGCCUGCGAGAUGUUCAGAAUGUGAUAAAUAUGUAUUUAGUGGAGUGGAAUGUGCUCAAUGUGGUCUAAGUUGGCAUAACAAAAAAUGUCUAGAAAAUUUACAGACAGCUUGUAGCCAUAGCAGAAUGCUUCCCAGCCCCAUGAAGCGUAUGAAAACAUUUGGCGUACGGUUUUCAGAGGAAGGUGGUGUUCCUGUGUUGGUGACAAAGUGUGUGAAAGAGAUAAACAGAAGAGGUCUGAAAGUCAAGGGAAUUUACCGAGUUUCCGGCGUGAAGUCCAAAAUGGAAAAUUUAUGUCAGGAUUUUGAAACAAAUGCUGAAUCAGUUGAUUUAUCAACGCAGCCUCCGCAUCUGAUAGCCUCUGUACUCAAGCUCUACAUAAGACAGUUACCUGAGCCACUCAUGACAACAAAACUUUAUGCUGAUCUUAUUCAAUUAGCCAAGGAAAGUACGCAUCUAAAUUGGCUGACUGUUGAAGAAUACGAGGGAGAUGCUAAAGACGAAUUUAGGUCACUUUUGGCGAAACUUCAAAUUACUCUCAAGAAGUUACCAAGAUCAAACUAUCUCACAACCGCAACCCUCAUCAAGCAUUUACACAAAGUCUCGCUUCAUGAGGAAUACAACCAAAUGAAUCCACAAAAUUUGGCCAUUGUAUUUGGCCCCACCAUUUUAAAAUUGGAAUGUGAGAACUCCACAACAUCACUCUCGUCCUUGGUAGACAUGUCUCAUCAGACCCGCAUAGUCGCAUUGCUCAUUGUCAAUCCUCAGGUCUUCGAUGACGUUCCAGAUGAACCUGAGGAAGAAAAUGGAGAUGUUUCAAUUGAGGAAAACGAUUCUUCAUUACCAAAUACCCCUGUCGAGAAAUUUAUUUCACUGAAAACUGAAGAAGAUGAAAGUGGUAUGCCGAAUCUUUACGGUGAAAGAAGUACCAGAGUAAGAGGCGAAGGCCUGUCUCCUAUGGAGAAACUUGCAUCACAAUCAUCUGAAGUAAAGGACAAUAACAAGUUUGAUUCCGACACAAUAAGAACAAGCGAUCGUAUUGAUAUACAGGGUGACGUACCAAAUCUGUUUGUUGAAACCUCGAUUUUACUUCCUGGUAGUUUGGAGGAACAAAAUAAGCCCUUCGAUUUUAUUCAAGAUGGUGAACAUUUGGUUGACGAUGAUAACGAUCGUGCAAAUCACAAUGUUGGACAUCGUAUAAAUUAUGGGUAUCGGCAUUUAGCAGAUGAAAACGAGAAACAAAAUAUCAACACAUUGCCAAAAGACAUCUCACUUGCUGAUGAAAUACAAGAUGAAUUUAAUAGAAAAUUUCAGUCUGCGGAUACCGCUAACGGUGUAACGGAAGACGCCCCGUCACCUGGCGAGUCGAGUGUUGAAGAGGAUACAAGUAUCACACGCAGGCGAUCCAAAGCAUUCAGUGUUGGGAAACGGAAUGCUAACCCUGAUAUGUUAGCCAAGCGUGGGUCAGCUUUAAUAAAUGCCUAUAUAAUGGACAACAAGAAGACUGAAGAAAGCGACUCUUCGCGAGAUUCCCCUCCUGGAAAAAUAGUUAGUGACGUGUCCGUUACUACAGAAAGUUUAAAACAAGAAAACGAUGUGGGGGCUAACAAUGAAACCGUCCCUUCAACGUCUACGGUAUCUUCGUCUGCAAAUAAAACUACUGAUUCUGAUAUCACUCCAGUGAAUACGGAAUCUGAGGAGAAAGGUCAUCGCAAUGGAAAUGAUUCAUCAGAGACAAGUUCCUCUGCUGUUUCUAAAUCUGGAAACGAAUCCAGUAUAGCGGCUUUGUAUAGGGACACGCCUAGUCGUAAACGGAGUGCGACGUACGAGAACGAAGCAAAGCGAAUGUUUGAGAAUAGACCAGAAAGAGGUGAUAAACAGCUUACCAGCGAACGCCUUUUUGCGUAUGGUGUCCGGGGAAGGCGUGCUAGAGUAUCAGUGAAAGACCAAGUGAAGCAGCUGGAGAAUAGAGAACAAAAUGAUGCUUCUAAAGCUGGGGCAUCUGGGGUACGGAGCAAUAAACUACCGGAUACUGUGACCACCCAAGCCGGUAAGACAGGUUUGAAAGGAGCAGCGAAUGAUACGAAUGGUACAUCUAAUGAUGUCGGUGAAAAUAAGGUACUGGGAGGUAUUGAUGGAAAGGAGAACGUCGACGGAAACUCGUCUAAUAACACCUCGUCUAAAAUUCAUGAACCUCUGACCCGACUAUAUGCCGCAGGUGGAAAUUCCGGGAUCUUCCAACCGCCCAAAAGUCCAGUUCCUAAAUAUCGAACAGCGGAUGACAAGUUUUGUCCUUUAAAAAGGGAUAUCAGUUUGGAGUCACCGCGGACGCCUUCCUCAGAUUCAUCAGCAGAUGAUAGUGAUGAUGCUAACGUUGCUACGGAAACAUCUUUACUGCCAAAGUGGACGGGGCGUGGGCUCACACCCCGUGAUUCAAGUCAAGCACCAGAAUUCGUAUAAUCUAUUGUCAAGAUUAUUAUCACGAUCCAAAUUUCGGAUUGGUACAGAAUACUGUGGGAAAAUACGAUGCAAACUGAUACUUUCUGUUGCAAUAAACCAAAUAAUUAAGAGCUUGCUAAUAUGAAGUUAAUCAGGUUUUUUUACCGAACUAUUAUUUCGAGUUAUGCAAAAGUUUCACAUCGUUUGCAUCAAUGAAGAAGACAGUAAUAACAUUACAAAGUAAUUAGAAAUGUUACUUCUUUUUCAAAUUCACUAUUGAAAAUCGAGAAGUCACAUUAAAUCGCUGCUUUUAGGCUUGUCUGAACUAAGGGUUAAACCCGGCCGAUACUGCAGUCAUAGUCCACGUGGUCUUUUGUUAUUAUAAUCAUGGGAUAUAAUUACAUUCACUUCAAAAUAUUCUACAUUUGAAUACUACACAUCUAUGUACAUUGAAUUUCUGUAUUUUGUAUAUUAAUUAAUCAAUCUUCUGUGUAUAAGUGAAUAGACAGGUUAUGCAGAAAAUAUAUUGUA